CUUAGAAUUGUGCUAUUCUGCUUAUCAUCUGAAGUAAGCAUAGCCUACACGUUUUUUAAAGUUUCAGUUUGUGCAAGCAAAUGUCAACGCCUUCACGAAAAGGCCAUUAGCUUCGCCAGCUUGCGAGCGUUUAAAAGCGAACCUAAUACCUAACCCUGACUACCAUUCUCUCUCUCAGCUCCACCCAAAACAACAUCAGAAAAAACUUGAUCGAGAUAGAAAAAUAGAAAAGUGAAGAGAAAAUUGAGAAAGGAAGAGGAUCAUGAGGCUGGAUUGGUCUCCAGAAACAGCUUCAAAAGCUUAUAUAGACACUGUUAAAUCAUGUCAAAAUUUCAAAGAAUCAGGUGUAGCUGAGUUACUAUCAGCCAUGGCUGCUGGCUGGAACUCAAAGCUGAUCGUGGAGUCAUGGUCAUACGGUGGUCCCAUAGCAACCAGCGUCGGCCUUUCCGUAGCAGCCCAUCAUACGUGCGGCAGACACGUGUGCUUAGUCCCGGACGAACGGUCAAGAUCAGGCUACGUCAAGGCCAUGCAGGAAGCCGGGAUGUCAUCAACGGUCGUGACAGUCGGAGAAGCUGAAGAAGUGAUGGAGGGGCUCGCGGGUGUUGAUUUUCUGGUUGUGGACUCAAAGCGGAAGGACUUCGCCAGGGUUUUAAGGUCUGCAAAACUGGGCCAUAAGGGUGCAGUUUUGGCGUGCAAGAAUGCAUGUCACAUGGCCAUUUCUGGGUUUCGAUGGCAUUAUGUGCUUGAAAGAGGGACACGUGUCGUCAGAUCUACGUUCUUACCGGUAGGGCAGGGAUUAGAUAUUGCUCAUAUAGGGGCUAAUGGUGGGGAUGUGGGCUCCAAGAAGGGUCCUAGCCGUUGGAUUAAGCACAUCGAUCACCAAUCAGGAGAGGAGCAUGUUUUCCGAGGCUAAAGGGGAUUAGCAGAUCGGGUAAAUAGUUAUAAAAUCACAAAAUGUUUCCUGUGCAUAUACAUAUUGGUCAUCCUGUAUCUGAUUUAGUGAAUUUUGUCUUUAAAACUUUACUCCAAUUGCUGUAGGCUUGUUAGCUUUAUGGUUUUUGGGUGAGGUUGGCCCCAAAAUCUUAAUCUUUGGUUCGGUGUUACGAAUUAAAUUAUUUGGAC